GUGUUCUGAGCUUUCUAGAGAGAAAAUGGCUGGUAUGUAUAGUGGUACUUUUCUGAAUUCAUCGCGAUACCCAGACUUCAACCCGCGCUUCAAAAGAGACGAACGCACACCUUUACUAAGAAAUAAUGUGCAGUCACCUACAACCGAAGGAGCCUCCUUCAUCUCCUCUGUGUUUAACCUGAUGAAUGCCAUCAUGGGCAGCGGCAUAUUGGGGCUAGCUUAUGCUAUGGCUAACACUGGAGUAUUGGGGUUUUGCAUCCUGUUGCUACUGGUGUCCAGUUUGUCAGCCUACUCUAUACAUCUCCUUCUGAAGCUAUGUGAGCAAACAGGAAUAAAUUCAUAUGAAGACCUUGGAGAGAAAGCCUUGAAAAAACCAGGAAAGGUUCUGGUUGGAAUUUCCAUUAUCAUGCAGAAUAUUGGCGCCAUGUCCUCCUAUUUGUUCAUCCUGAAGUCAGAGCUUCCUGCAGCCAUUUACACCCUGGUGACGCCAGGAAAUACAGGAUAUCACUGGUAUGAAGACGGCAGGCUCCUCCUGAUCCUCGUCACACUGUGUGUUGUGCUUCCUCUGUCAUUGUGCCAUAAAAUAAGCUUCCUGAGCUUCACGAGCAGCUUUUCCUUUUUCUUCAUGCUGUACUUUGCGAUCGUGGUCGUGAUCAAGAAAUGGUCCAUCCCUUGCCCACUGCCUUACAAUGUGACUACGCCUUCAGGUGCCUUUCAGAUAUCAAAUGCCUCCGACUCAGAAUGCACACCCAAACUCUUUGUCAUCUCCAGUAAGAGCGCCUACGCCAUCCCCACCAUGGCCUUCUCCUUCCUGUGCCACACGGCCAUCCUGCCAAUCUACUGCGAACUCAAACAGCCCACUAAGGCCAGGAUGCAGAACGUUACCAAUGUCAGCAUCGGCCUCAGCUUCGUGCUUUACCUGAUCUCUGCGCUGUUCGGCUACCUGACCUUCUACGCUCACGUGGACUCUGAGCUGCUGCUCAGCUACGAUGUGUAUUUGCCCCGGGACGUCAUGGUGAUCACGGUUCGGCUCGCCGUCCUGCUCGCUGUGACGCUGACUGUUCCCCUCAUUCAGUUCCCUGCCCGUAAGGCUGCCAUCUUGCUGCUGUUUGGAGGACGUCCCUUUUCCGUGCUGAUCCACGUCUUUGCAACUGUAAUCAUCCUGGGUGUCGUUCUUUCGAUGGCCAUCUUCGUCCCUGAUAUCAGAAACGUGUUUGGAGUCGUGGGAGCGACAACAUCAGCCUGCCUGUUAUUUGUUUUCCCCGGCGUUUUCUACCUCAAGCUCAACGAAGGACCCCUCACAUCCAUUGACUCCAUUGGGUCUAUACUUCUGGUGGUCUUUGGUUUCCUAAUGGGAAUCAUCAGCUUAUCCUUCAUUGUCAUCACAUGGGUACAGAGCUCAUGACCCCGUCUGCUCCGCCUGCCAGAGGGAAACGUGCCAAAGAAAUGGAUACAAAAAGGGAACGACCGCAUCAAAUCAAGCAAACGUUAUUUGUUUGUUUCUCUACUUCCUAGUUUACAAACAUAGACCAAAUUUACAAUAACUUCUCUUGCUGUACUUUUUCACAUUGUUUACACACUGACUUUUGAAUUAUACCCAAGUAUAGUCAGAUUUUUUGCGAACAAAAUAUAGGUGAAGUUUAGUGUCAGAUCAAUACAAGAAUGUGCCAAGUAAGUUGUGUGAACAUAUUAUUCAUGUUAAGUACUUGUUCUUUGUGUGGUGCUGUGUGAUGGAUUUACACACCAAUCUGUAGUAUUAAAAGAUGCAGUUGAUCAAGUCCAAACCAUGAAGUUUUCAGGUUUACCUCUUUCUUAAAUUCACUUUGCUUUAUAUACACAAUCACAAAUGUUCACUCCUGUUUUUAUUUGUAUCACUUGUUUGAAUGUAUAUUUUUAGAUCAAGCUUGUUUUGUGCCAUUUAAUGCAUUUACCUUCAUGAUCUACUUACAUUAUUUACGUCUUGAUGAUUAAAUGAAUGAUAUUUAACAAG